GCGCAUGUAAUCGAUUAGUAAACUCAUUACUAAAAUUUACUUUCGCGCAUACUCUAAAUCCAUAUAAUUCCGUAUGGGCAUUUUAGUAUGUAAAAAUAAAAUAUACCAAAAAUGGCUUUGUGUAAUUGUUCAUCUUAAUUUAGUAAUUCAUUAGACACCAAACUAUUGUAAAAGCAUCUUAUGUAAUUCUCAUGAAUUAUGAAAAUUGGAACCAUCUUACACUGCUUCAACAACUUUUAAAUUAUUCAAUUGAUUUUUAUACACUUUAAAUUCCAUUUUAUUUCUAAUUAAAUUAAAUUUAUUGGUUUAUAUUAUCUAUUUUAGCCCAAAAUUAUUUAAUACACUACAAAAUGAAGGUUGCUAUUGUCAUAUAUUCAACUUAUGGUCAUAUUGUCUCUUUAUCUAAAGGAAUCAAAGAAGGGGUUGAAGAAUCUAAAUUAGCUUCCCAAGUUGACCUUUUUCAAAUUCCAGAAACUUUAUCAAAGGAAGUUCUUGAAUUAAUUCAUGCUCCUGAAAAGCCAAAGGACAUUCCAGUGGCUACUAUUGAAGUUUUAAGUCAAUAUGAUGCCUUCUUAUUUGGUAUUCCAACCAGAUUUGGUCAUUUACCAGCCCAAUGGAUUGACUUUUGGGGUCAAACUGGUGGUUUAUGGGCUCAAGGUGCUCUUUAUGGUAAACCAGCUGGUAUUUUCGUUUCUACUGGUACUCCAGGUGGUGGUCAAGAAACUACUGCCAGAAAUGCCAUUACUUAUUUAGCUCACCAUGGUUUACCAUAUAUUCCAUUAGGUUAUGCCCCAGCUUUUGCUGAUAUCACCAAUCUUGAAGAAUUCCAUGGUGGUUCUCCAUAUGGUGCUGGUACUUACGCUGGUUCUGAUGGUUCAAGACACGUUACUGAAUUAGAAUUAAGAAUUGCUAAAGCUCAAGGUGCAUCAUUUGCUUCAUCAGCCAUUAAAUUAGUCAAGACUUCUUCUGCUGCUAGUCCAGAAGAAUCUAAAUCUAGUUCAAAAACUGCCGUUGCUUCAACUGUAGAAAAGUCCAAGGAUGUUGCUCCAAAGAAAGCUGCCCCAGUAGCUCAAAGAGCUCAACAAACUGCUACCGAAACUGCAAAGGAUUCUGAAAAGAGUGGCUGUUUCAAAUGUAUAAUAAUGUAAUACCACUACGUUGUAUUAAAACAUUCAAUAAUUUCAAAAAAGGUUCAUUUUAUUCAUUUUAUUUUCUUAGUUCUACGUAUUUUUUAUUUAUCUUCUUUUCUAAUUUUACCUAAUUUGAUAUACUACUUAAUAAAUAAUGUUCAUAAUAGGUUCAUUUU